AUGAAUGAGAUGAACCCGUGACAAAAGCCACGUCAAACCUCGGAACCCCCCCGGACCGGACCGGACUGGACCGGACUGGACCGGACCGGCGCCCCGCUCUCCGCGUGUGUCUGUGCUCGCCGACACCGAGCAGCAGAGUCUUGUCCCCCUGCCUCUCUUCUCCUCUGUCCUCUGGAAACCUCCUCUCCUCUCCUCCUGGCCUCUGAACGGGCCUUUUUCCUACAGCAGUGCCAGAAAGCGACGCUGCUGAGAAAAGCCACCGUGUCCGACUGAGCUGGAUUCAAUGAGGGAGCCAGAUCGGGAGGAGCAGCCUGAAGCCACCAUGCCCCCCAAGUUUAAACGACACCUCAAUGACGACGAGGUCACGGGAUCUAUCCGCAGUGAGAGGAGGAACCUGCUGGAAGAGGACUCUGAUGAGGAGGAAGACUUCUUUCUGAGAGGGCCCACGGGACCCAGGUUUGGACCUCAAAACGAUAAAAUCAAGCAGGUGCAGUCGCAGGUUGACGAAGUGAUUGAUGUGAUGCAGGAGAACAUCUCUAAAGUGAUUGAGAGAGGCGAACGUCUCGACGACCUGCAGGACAAGUCAGAGAGCCUUUCGGACAAUGCAUCUGCCUUCAGUAGCCGAGCCAAACAGCUGCACAGGAGGAUGUGGUGGAGAGACACGAAGAUGAAGAUGAUCAUUGCCUUGGUGGUGGUUGCUCUCCUGCUUAUUAUCAUCGUACCAGUGAUCCUGCGAUAUCGCUAGUGUCUGAGGAGGAGGAGGAGCCUCCCUCUUCCUCUCUCCUCUCCAGCUAGGGGCUGCCAGCCAACCUCCCAUCUCCUCCUCACUAUUAGCCAGUGUGCCCUAAGGGAUCUGACCUCAACCUGCCCUUAGUUCAGACCUCACUGUUGGUUUUCUUCUAAGAUCUACUGUGAGAUCAGCACUAAGGCUCGGUCAGAUCCCUGUCUCGAAACUUAGCUGCAGAAAGGGAACACGGCUGGGGAGGAAUGGGGGAGAUAUUUUAAUGCAGUGUUGGAGAAAAGGCUGACUCUCUGCCCUUGAGUCAAACGUGAAGGAUUGGUCCAUUCCAUGGUACAUAUCAUAUCAUACAUGUGAGGCCCUGGCUUUGCUUUGAUGACAGGGGAACUCCAGGUCCUGCACAUUACAUCAUAUAGAUAGAUACUGUAAAGGCAGGCGAUCCAUGCCUUUAGCUGAUCUGAGUCUGCUAAGAUCGAAAGAUGCUGUAACAACGAUCCGAUGAACCUCAGAUGUCUUCCCAUGAUUCCCUUUGGGCUCCCUUGCUCCGACAAUGAAAGCGUUUGACAUUUCUUCUGUCUGACACGAGGCCUGGGACAUCUGAGGUUUAUCGAAGGUGGCGUGCUCGAAUCAUCAGAAAGGCUAACUGACAGACUCCUCAUCACACUCCUCAUGUGAAUAGGCACUAGAAGGGAACGCGAUCUGUUCAGGCAACAUUCUGCUUUUCUAGCAUUCUUACCUCCAUAAAUUUUCAAUUUCCACCUGCUUCCUUAUAGUUUCUUAUACUGUACAGCAGGACCAUGUUAAACCAAAACGUCCAGGUUAUGAAUGUCUCCUUUACCACCUCUCACCUUCCCCCUCCUGCUGAGCUCUGGGAGGGUUUGGUCACGGCUGUCCUACUUUCCUCCUAGGGACAUUAAACUGUCUCUCCCUCUGCAGACGGUUGUAUUCUGGUUUUAAUACCGUUUCUUCUUCACUAUUUUUUUAAGUUCCUGUUUCUGCUGGUGGCUCAGUGUGGUGCUCUGUACGGAUGCUGGUAUUCCAUUCGCCGCCGACGGGGACGGUUCGUCUCUCUGUACUGUCACGUUUAAUUUAAAGAAGGUUCAUUUAAGUGAUGCAAGUUUAAGACUGUAUGGAAAAAAAAACUGUGAAACAAACAUUAGGCGUCUUUGUGUCUGGAUUAUAAUACAGUAAUACAUUUUGUCAUUUUAUUUUUUUUAACGUAAUUUAUUUUAGCUGUAAAUAUUGAUCCUGUAAUGAUGUACAAUAUUCUGGCACUGCAAUUGGGAGACUGUGAUAUAUUGGUCCUUUUUUGCUCUGGAAUAAAGUGAUUUUAAAGGGG